AUGAUCAUUGAAGAAGCCAUUAAGGAAAUUAAUACUAAGUUUAAUCCUUAAUAAGAUGGAUAUCAAUUCGAUUCAGUUAUUAGUGUUUAAGAAUAAAUUGUUUCAGGAAUCAACUACAAGAUAUAUUUAAAUUAUUCAAAUCCAGAAUUUGAAUAAUAGAUAUAUGAAGUAAUCAUUUAUUCAAUUCCCUGGUAAAACAGAUCCAAUCAAAUUGUCAAAUCAAUUAGAUUCGAUUAGAUGGAAAAUUGAAAUAAAUGAUUAUACAAUAAAAUAACAAAGAAUUUACAACUAAAUCA